AUGACGAUGGAGCACUAUGAUCUUGUCGUCGAUUCGGAUUGCAUUGACAAAGCGAACAAGGUAGUUGGGUUACUGCAUAUUGCGCUAGCAUGCCUGGCCGAAGAUUCGACAGAUGCUGCACUCGGCAACAGGCUCACGCUGUGUGGAGGUACUGGUGUAACCGCACAGGGCUCUGAAACUUGGCCGACUGUUGCCGUUUGUUGUGAUGUUCUCCCAACAGCAUGGGCUGCUGAGUGGAGGGUCGAGGCGGGUGGCUGCGUAGGCUCAAACACAAGCCUGGGCUCUAUCGAGUUGUUUGCUGGCGCGGCAGAACAUCACGUUUCGGUAUACCGAUAUACGAGAAUAAAAUAG